UUACCUCAUGGACUUUGGUAUUGGAUAGAGGACGUCGGCGGAGCGGUUUUACAAGAACUCUGGAACCGUGUGGCGCUUCAGACGGUGGAGCUCGCCAGGGAAACGAGGGAUGUGAUGAUCGAGAAGGACAGCUUUCGAGAGUUUUCGAGGAGUAUUUCCGAGCUGGACGUGCUUUUGGGGUCAUUAAGUGUCUGGAAAAUAGAAGCUGCCAGGGGAUCGGACUUUACCAAGGCGGCACUGGAGAAGUUGAGUGGCUUGUUACGAAAAGCUUGCAAGAUAAUCGAUGAUUAUAAGUCCGGUAGCUGUCUUCGGUUCUUGCUUCACUCUCAUUCGGUGCUUUCACAGAUGCAAGGUCUAGCUAAAGAUAUUGCCUCAACCAUUUCCUCGUUGCAGCUGGCUAAUCUUGAUAUGGCACUGAACUUGAAGAGCAUGAAUGAUGAGGUUAUUGAUAAGCUGAAUACGAUGGAGUUUCGAGUGGCGUUAGCGACCGAAACGAUUGCUGCGGAAAUAGAGAAUUCGGUAUCCCAAAGCAGUAGAAACCGAGACAAUGCUGUAAAGCUUCUGGAGAAGAUCGCCGAAGCCGUUGGUGCUGAUGCUAACGCAUCUUUGGUACAAAAUGAAUUGGCACUUCUGAAGCAGGAAAAAGAAGAGAUGGAAGUUCAAAAGAAACAAGCUGAGGCGCUUCAGCUUUCCCAAUUGAUACAGUUGUUGUAUAGUACUGAAAUCGUUUCGAGUCCACGAAGCGAGGAGACCCUGACAUAUCAUAAGCAAUACCCUAUUGGUUCCUUCAUAUGCCCCUUGUGUAAUGAGAUGAUGGUAGAUCCGGUUGCAGUCAUUUGUGGCCACAGCUUCGAACGGAAAGCGAUACGGAGAUACUUCGAGAGUGGAAAGAAGGAUUGUCCCACUUGCAAAGAAGAGCUUCAAAGUUUGGAGCUAACACAAAAUGUUAACCUUCGGUCCUCAAUAGAAGAAUGGAAGAAAAAUGAUAUGGACUGGAGAUUUCAAGCAGCAGUCUCCCGAAUCAACUCCGAUGACCAUCUGAGGAAAAACGAAGCCUUGGAUGAUAUGCAGGUUCUCGUGGAGACCCCUCAAUAUGCUGUGAGAGCUGCAAAGGAGGGGCUCAUCCCGAAGUUUGUCGAAUCACUAAAAGAUGCUAGGCUUAACGCCAUGGCAGCUGUGAAAUGCCUUUAUUGCUUAGCUAAAUACUGCCAUGAUCAUAAGCAAGAAAUUGUUGCAGCAGGAGCUGUACGCCGAAUCGUGAAGCAGAUCUAUAACGGUGAAACAGAUCCGAAUAUGAUUGGCAUCUUGUUGGAACUUUCUAAAACCGAAGCUCUCGUAGAGAAUAUAGGGAAUACCAAGGAUUGUAUUCCACUCCUGGUUUCUUUGGACAGUAAUUCGAACCCCGAUAUUGCAUCGAAAGCUCGAAGUGUAUUGGGGAAUCUUUCAUCCAACACACACUUUGUUGUGAAGAUGGCUGAAGCUGGAUACUAUCAGUCAUUUGUUGCUCGAUUCAACCAAGCAGUCGGACACCAAGAGACUCGAGCAUUGAUGGCUGCUGCAUUGGUGAAUAUGCAACUCAAAGAAAACAGCAUAAAUGACUUGAAAGACGAACAAUUUGUUCACAAUCUAGUUCACAUGCUAUCCUCCAACUCUCCGGCGUGUAAAUCUGCUUGCAUAAAAUGUGUCAAGAAGCUCAUCCAAUAUGCGAAGAUGGUAAAACAAUUCCUAUCCGACCCAGCGACUAUACCACUUGUGCUUAAUGUCAUCUCCUUCAGGUCGGAUCCUACUCUUAAACAAGAAGCUUCCGAGAUUCUAGCUCUUCUGGUAAAAGCUUGCCGGCCUCCAGAAUUUCAGAUGUACCAGGGGAUGCAGGAGCUGCAGUCCGAGCAUAAUGUUGGUCUCUUUUUGCGGCUUGUGGAAAAAUCCGAUCCUCAGUUUAAGAUUCAAUUCUUACACCUGCUGAUUGAACUUAGUAAUAAGUCGGAGACAACUCGAAGUCUGAUACGAGCUAACGCAGAUGCCAUCAACCACCUUUUCUCUUGCCUCGAUGGCAACCUGCCUUUCGUUAGAAGAUGGGCGAUGAAGCUAAUAUACUGUGUGUCUGAAGGUCAUCCCGAUGGGGUUCCACUUCCACCAUCUCCCAUAAAAGAAACUGCCAUCAACAACUUGGCAUCGAUCCUCACUUGUUCACCGGAUUUCGAAGAGAGAUCAAUUGCUGCAGGGAUUAUUAGCCAACUUCCGAAAGAUGAUAUUGAUAUCGAUGAAAUACUCCUUAGGUCGGAAACUUUAAAAGCCAUUCAUGAAGUGAUUUGCAGUUCAGAUGAAGAAUUCGGUGGGAUCGGAGCGCCCAAUAACCAGGACAAAUCUCUACUUGAAAAUGCUCUGGCUGCACUUCUACGCUACACAGAACCCUCGAAGCCUGAACUUCGGAGGCAAGUGGGACAGCUCGAGUUAUAUCCAUCCUUAGUUCGAGUGCUUUCUACCGGCAACUCACUGGCCAAGCAACGAGCAGCCAUUGCUCUCGCACACCUGUCCCGUUCCACCAGCUUGUCAGGCUCUGGUUCAAGCAUCAGGGUAAGGCAAAAGAAUUCAAUAUCACCGUUUAACAUGGCGAAUCUCUUCCCUAACAUGUCCUGGUGCUGCUCGGCCUCGGGGGACAGAGAAAUCUCAUGUCCUAUCCACGGUGUCGUGUGUUCACAAAGACAUACAUUCUGCCUCAUCAAGGCCGAUGCUGUGAAGCCCCUAUUGCAAACUUUGAGCGACACAAACUCGGGUGUCGCGGAGGCCGCCCUAAUGGCUCUCGAAACACUGCUAGAAGAUCACAACACAUUGUCACAUGCAACCGCCGCCAUCGUAGAGAGCCAAGGUGUCGAGGCAAUCCUUCAGGUCCUGGAGAAGGGAUCCUUACCUGCCAAAACAAAAGCAUUGGACUUAUUCCAGCAGAUCCUAAACCACUCUCGAAUUAGCCAACAAUUGUUUCAGAGGUCCGAGGGAAUCCUCAUCCAACUGCUUAAUGAGGACGCGAUUCGGAAGAAAGUAGCUCUAGUGCUUAAGCAGAUGAAGGUUCUCCCCGAGCAAUCAUCGUAUUUCUGAAUGGUUUUGAAGUCCAUUUAUUCAGAACUUGUACAGUAUCUGUAAUUGAUUCUUCCCCGAAUGCAACCCGAGAACAAGCCUGUUCAUUUUUUUUUUUCA